GAUCGGACGGUCGAGACGAGAGCGACACGAGCUGCAUUCCUUCCUCCAUCCUCUGUCUUGUUGGAGCCGCAGCCACUCUGGUCUUCCCCAUCGCUUCUUCUGUGAAAGGAAUCUCCCCCGCUCCAUACUCCAUAGCCCCCUCGCCGUUUUCCUCUUCCAGCCUCGUUUCGGCGCCUAUACUAUACCUUCCAGAAGGGAAGGCUACGCCGCUGCAUGCCUGCCUGCAUCCUCGCAAAUAAAAACUCUCAAAGCUAGCCGAACCCUACUCCUCUGUCCCGUACUGCCUUUCAUCUCCCUUCCUUCCCCUUUGAGACUUCACUCCACCCUGAGCACCUUCCAGCACGGCCGCCUCACUCCUGCCCGAUCUUCCAGCGCGGGUCUUCGGCAAGGGCUCUGCCGCCGUUCCUUGCCGUACAGUUACCGACGACGGUGGUGCACUGUUUACACGGCGGGUAAACUCGCCACGGAGGCGCGGCCGGGAACGGCGGCGGUAUCAGCCGGGCGGGGAAGCCGUCAGUUGCAUUACCAGCAUCACCAUUAAUUAGUGGCAGUACCCUCCUCGUCACGCCGGCCGGCAAGAGGCGGAGAAGCUUGCAUCGCGUGUUUUGCUCCCCGUCCCGUUCUUCACAAGUCAAACCCCCAACAGCUGUUUUCAGUUUUGAUUAACACCAAAACCAUCAUUUUUCGACGCCAAGAUACACCGCACACUGUUUACCCGACGGGUAGGUCAGCCAAGGGGCCGGCCAGGAGCAGCGGCGAUAUCUACCGGGCAGGAAGCCGUCAGUUGCCUUCUGUAACUGCGGUGCAGCGAGAAGUGAUUAUCCCGUGUUGUUGAGCGUUGGAGGAGGGCAGCGGAGGAGGAGGAGGAAGCGAAGAUGCUGGCCUGCAUCGCGUGCUCCGCGAAGGAAGGCGGGGAGGACGGCUCCCGUGCUGCGGCCACGCCGGCGGUCAGGUCUCUCACCUCACAGCUCAAGGACAUGGUGCUCAAGUUCUCCGGCUCCAGCAAGCACUACAAGGGGGCGGCCGCCGGGAGCCCCUCUUUCAGAAGCUACCGACGCCCCUACCCGGGCUUCGUCGACGACACUACCUUCACGCCGACGGGCAGGCCUGCAAGCGACGCCGGCGCGUACACAAGGACUAGUGCGGCAGCCGCGAACGGGAGCGCGCGGGCUGCCUCGUCGGCAACGUGGGACAUGACCGGGCGCGGAUGGCCGGGCGUGGACGAGCAGGACGGCGGCGAGAUCGUCGCGGCUGGGGGGGACGCCGCCGUGCCCAGGGAGUGGACGGCGCAGGUGGAGCCCGGCGUGCAGAUCACCUUCGUCACGCUCCCCGGCGGCGGCAACGACCUCAAGCGCAUCCGCUUCAGCCGUGAGAUGUUUAACAAGUGGGAGGCGCAGCGGUGGUGGGGAGAGAACUACGACCGCAUCGUGGAGCUGUACAACGUGCAGACGUUCAGCGGCCGGCAGCAGGGGGCCUCCACUCCGACGUCCUCCGUCGACGACUCGCUUCUGAGAGAUUCGUCCUAUUCCCGGGGCGGCUCCACGAGGGACAGCCCGGUAGUCAUGAUGCCGCCGCCGCCGCCGUCAUCCUCGUCGAGCAAAGACCCGAUGUCCCGGAGCGUGUCGUGCAAGGCGAUGAUGCCGCCGCCGUCGGGGCCUUACGGGGCGGGGCCAUCCACCAGGGCGGCGUACUACCCGUCCGCGGCGGCCGUGCCGGACCCGUCCGACCACGUGUGGGCGCACCACUUCAACAUGCUCAACUCCGCGGCGGCCGGCGGGCAUUCCUCCUACGACCCGUCGCGCGCCACCACCUCCUCCCGCGACGAGGCCUCCGUGUCCAUCAGCAACGUCAGCGACAUGGAGGCGACGGAGUGGAUCGAGCAGGACGAGCCCGGCGUGUGCCUCACCAUCCGCGAGCUCGGCGACGGCACCCGCGAGCUCCGCCGCGUCCGGUUCAGCCGGGAGAGGUUUGGCGAGGACCGGGCGAAGGUGUGGUGGGAGCAGAACAGAGACAGAAUACAGGCGCAGUAUCUGUAGUUGAUCUGGUUAAGCUAGCGGUGUUGGAGAUAGAUUAAGGGAGAUAAUGGUGAAAAGAGUGUGAAGAAGGGAUAACCGGAUAGGUGGAAGCAAACUAGUGGUGACCGUGGUGCUCGGCUUGGUGAAAUAUGGAGGUUGCGUUUGAAUUUCAAUGUGCUCCUCUGCUUUCUGUAGACUUUAGACAUGUAUAAACCUGAUAUGCUCGCCUGUCUUUGGCUUAGUUUACCUUUUCUAAGGCACCAAUGUGGUUCAUUCGUUGGUUUGAUUUAAUGUUAUGUUUUUGCGUUUC